CGUUCUCUUCGCACGCGGUCUCUGUCCGGGUAUAAAACCUUCUGUCACCUGCAUCGUUUGCCAAGGAUGACUCUGUGCGUCCAACUGCCGACAAGUUCCAGUAUCGAGCAUGUACUGGAGGCUCGUCAUUCUUACGGGUCUGGCUCUGUGCCCCCGUAUGCAGGGACAGAACGAAACUGCAGCACCGAGCGCCGGUAUUCACCUCGUCUCGUACUCUCCCUCGUUUCGCCUGGAGUCUUCCCCCACUGCUGAGGCUCCUGGUCUUCCCUCUCCUGGUGGACCACUCCUGAUGGUUGCCGCACUGAGCGUGCUCUCUGUCCUGUGUGUAUGUGUGCUGGUGACAGUGGUGGUGGUGAUUGUGGUGAGGGUGAGGAGGGGCCUCAGGCGGUGGAGACAGACCUCCCACACUCCGGAGAAAACGAGACAGAGAACCAGUGGAAAUGGAGCCACAGCUCAUCUUCUCUCAUCUGCCCUCUCCAACCAAAACUUUGAGUGGUGCCGGCCUCGCUCCCUCUCUCCAUCCUCCCCUGUACUCUCCUCCUCUCCUCGCUCCACUCUUCACUGCACUCUCCCUACCCACCUCCCUCCCUCCCCAACCUCCACACACAAUUACUCAGAGAUCCGUUCCCUCUCUCCCAACCAAGCAACCGUGGUCCACCCCACCCCAUCUUCCCCUCGACCUCACUUCUACGAUGAAGUCGAGUGUGAAGACCCGGUGAAGUCAGAGACACUAGUUGGCAGUGGGGAGUGGGCCAAGACAGAACAAGUCCAUCUGUACAGUCUCUUGGAGGACCCCACUGAACACUCUCCUCCCUCACUAGCCAGCAAUCAACAUUCCCUGGCCAACAGUGGUGGACCACAGACACACAAUCCUGAAUCCAGAGAAUCAUCUCCGAUGUCUCGGUGCAGUUCCGUCUCGGUCCAGGACAGCAAUCCCGACUGGGUUCUGUCUCCAGUGGCGAGAUUCCGCCCAUCGCAACCUCCCAGACGAGUGGUUCCCUAUCGUGUGUCCCUCAUUCUGCCACUGUGGGAGGGACGGGAGAGAGGAGGCCCCGCCCUCCCUCUCCCCGCGCAGCUGGCUGGUCGACAUCCCGCACGUUCACUACCAGCUGCCAGGGACUGGAUGAGUCAGGACGCUACAACCAUCUCGAAGGUGUGACAGUGGGCUACGGAAGUCUCGAGGAGAACGCAGUGUAUGCAACUUUGGAACCGUUUGUGGGACCUGAGACCAUGAGGCCUGCGCUCUAGCUCGUGUGACGCUCGUCUCUAUAAUCAUCUCCAGCAUUGACUCUCUGCACAUUCACAUGUUCUCAAAGAGUUGUAUCACAUCAUUUUUGUAACUAGGAUCACACAGUGUCAGAGUAU